UUCAAAGGAAAAAAAAAAAAAAAUAUUAUGUUAUGCUUCAUCAAAUGAAGACGACCGAGACGAAGAAAACUCCGACUCCGACCUCCGAAAAACCCGAUUUGUCGGGCUGAACUCUUUAUUCGAAUAUAAUCGGUUUUCGGUGGUAGUUUCCAAAAGAAUGGAGCAUCUGUUAAUGUCCGUGAACACCUCAACGCCGUCGUUUUCGUGUAGAGUUGUGGGUCUGAGCUCGAAGCUUUUCGAUUUGCCGUCUGUGAGGAAGAGGAGGAGGAAGACAACGACGACGAGGACGAGGACGAGUUCUAUUUCGGAUGGUGUUAGGGUUCCGUUACGGUGUGUUAGAGCUUCGGUUGAACGGAGCAGCAGCAGCAGCAACAGUGAAAGCAUGGAUGGGAGAGGAGGAAGAGAGCAGCUUGAAAGUAGUGGAAGAGGAGGUGGGUUCACAAGCCCAGCCAUGGAGGUCACUACAUUAGACACUUUCAACGAGGCGGAUUUCCCUGUUUGGGAUAAGAUUGGUGCUGUGGUUAGACUCAGCUAUGGAAUUGGUAUAUAUGGUGCAAUGGCUCUAGCUGGAAGAUUUAUUUGCUCAAUCACUGGAAUUGAUUGCUUGGGAGGUUUUAAUCCAUCAUUAGAUGCCAUUUUAGAAGGGCUUGGAUAUGCGGCUCCCCCUAUCAUGGCACUUUUGUUUAUACUAGAUGACGAGGUUGUAAAGUUAUCUCCUCAUGCCCGUGCCAUCAGAGAUGUAGAGGAUGAGGAGCUACGGAGCUUCUUUUACGGAAUGUCACCAUGGCAGUUUAUACUUAUUGUUGCUGCAAGCUCUGUGGGAGAGGAGCUUUUCUACAGGGCUGCUGUUCAGGGAGCUUUGGCUGAUAUAUUUCUGAGAGGCACGGAUCUAGUCUCAGAUGCUCGAGGAAUGACAUCUUUGACUGGAGUUCUUCCCCCAUUUGUCCCAUUUGCUCAGGCCUUCGCAGCUGUUAUAACAGCUGCUCUAACUGGUUCCUUAUACUAUGUGGCUGCAUCUCCAAAAGAUCCAGCUUAUAUAGUUGCUCCAGUUUUACCAUCUCGUUAUGGACGUGAAGACCUCAAAAAACUCUUUUCAGGAUUGCUUUCAUUCUUGAGCCCGUUUUGGAAUGAUUCCAUUUCCCAAGAGUCACCUAGUGCUCCUUCCAUAAUCACUACUUGGUACGAGAGGAGGCAAAUGAAGAAGAUUUAUUCUCCCUUACUUGAAGGACUUCUGGCCCUCUACCUUGGUUUCGAAUGGAUCCAGACAAAUAAUAUUCUUGCACCAAUAAUCACACAUGGCAUAUACUCUGCUGUCAUAUUGGGUCAUGGCCUUUGGAAGAUACAUGAUCACCGGAGAAGACUGCGUCAGAGAAUCCAACAGCUCAAAUUAGAAGGAAAAAAUUCAAACAAAUUCUGAAGAUCAUCUUUCAAAAUAUAUUUAGAAGAAUAGCCAUAUAUAGAGGAAAUUUGUAAAUUAUGUAGGAGAAUCAAAUUAUUCAUCAUGGGACAACUCUAUAGCACAAAAUAUAUGUUAUAAUGUAACAAAUACACUUACACCAAAAUUAUGUUGACGAUUAUAAUGCUCAAUUUGAAGUCAAUUUUUAAUGUAUGUUCA